AACUUCGCUGAACCCAAUGAUCAAAAAUAAGAAGAGAGGAGAAAAAACCCAGCAAAACCCUAAUACUAACCAGCGCACCAAUUUGUAGUCCUGUUUGUGAAUGGACAGAAAAUAAAAGGGAAAGGGGAGAACAGUGAGAUCGCAAAGCUUGUUCUGCACAACUCAAAGGGUAACAUCCAAACGCAACAUCAACACCCAAAACGGACAUAAUUUAUUUUUUCCCAGCACCAGCAUAAUUCGUGGAUUUAAGGGUUUGGAAUUGAGGCGUUAUGGAAAGUAAAGAUGCAAAAGAUCCAUUCAAAGGGGUGGAUUGGAAAGCUGUUGGCGGUGAAAUGCAGAAAAAUCCGAGUGUUCAACCAUCCUUGAAGAAACGAUUACCCAACAGAGUUAGGCAAAUUCCUGAGUACUAUUUCCUGCCUCGAUGGCCUCUUCCCAAAGCCAUUUUAUUUUGCAGUGCAUGCAUUGGUGCUGGUGUGGCUGCUGGAAUGCUUGGUGAGAUCUGGAUUGAAAAGAAAGUUAAAGAAGAUGGAGGGGUUAUAUGGGAAUUUGAUAAGUAAACUAUUGGUCUUAGGACAACUAAUGUCACAGAUAUUGCUGCCUCUAUGCAAGUUAGUCUCUUCAGCACCCUCACUUCUCAGAGGAAUUAAGAUGAUCCUUGUUUAGCAGCAGGAUUGAGGGGAAUGAGGUGUGAUGGUAAUACUAGGAAAGAUUUCUCUGCCAUUUCUAAUAAAUAUGGCACCUAAAUUUAUUACUUUCUUUAAGAUUAGCAUUUCGAUGGUUCCUAACCAGCACUCCACAAUGAUUCAAUCAAUCAGCUUAUUAAAAGCCAACCCUGACGCCACGAAAAUGUUGCAAUUGUUGCAAUGAAAUUGCCAUUUUUUAAAGGAAAUGAUUAAGGAGCCAUGUUAAUAGUCUUAUAAGGA